AUGGAAUACGAGGAAAAGAUCUUCGAAGCUUUAGCAAAGAUCGAAUUCCUCAGGCAGCAAUAUAGCCAACCUAACACGGCAUCGACGGCUCCCACCAAUGCAGCCGUUACGACGAUCAAAGACGUCAUCGUGAAACAACAGGACAAGAUUCCGAAGUUCUCAGGCGACGCAAGAAAGUUCCAGGAAUGGUUCGAGCUGUUCGAGUCAGCAGUGUCCACGUGCACUUCUUCAUUGGAAAAAUUCAAAAGACUAAAAUCAUCUCUGGUCGGCAAUGCCUUGAAACAGAUAUCUCACCUUCACCUCAAGGAGGAAUUCUAUCAGACGGCGAUUGACAUCAUCAGGGAUGAAUACGGAAGCGUCUUUUCGGCUCAAUACGCAUACGCGGCAGAUAUCAUCAUCAAUUGUGCGGCGGUCAUGAUUUUGCCAAUCAUUCUCGACAACCUACCGGGCUCGGUCAAGGACCAAUUCCUCAGAAUCCAUGAAGUUUCUAAGUCAGAUGAAGCAAACAAGCAACUAGAGGCAUUGAUCAAAUUUCUGGGGAAGGAAAACAAGAUCAAAUCGACCCCAUCGGCGAGUAGAUUUAGCCCUAGUUCGGAGCGUCCCAAGUUCCGCGGCGGAGCCACAGCGAAGGCUGAAGGGUUUCCGAACAGCUCGCAGAAAUCCAGAGAUAAUCAUUCAUUCUACGGGAAUCAAGAGCCCGAGGGAAAUCACUCUUGCAUAUUCUGUGGUCUUAAGAACCAUACAACGUUCAAAUGCAAGAAGGUCCUCUCCGGCGAGGAGAGAUUAGACCUCGUGCAGCGAGCCGGCGCAUGCGCGAAGUGUUUGAGACGAAAUCAUGUAGCUGCGAAAUGUCGUCUGCAAACGAAAUGCAAACACUGCAAAGGCAGUCACAAUUCAUUGCUCUGCGGAAAGUCCGACGCGAGGGUCACGUCCACCCUGAUGAGCGCGACGGGGACGGGAGGCUCAGAAAACCUGCACCUUAGGGAUCAGGCUAAUAUCGCAAGUCGAAUUCAGGGCCAGGCUAACCUCGCCACUGGAUAUGCCUAUGUUUCAGUAGGUGCUGGCGCCGAGCUCCGUAGAAUACUAUUAGACAUCGGAUCUCAGAAAUCGUAUAUAACAACGAAGCUAGCCAAAGCGCUGGGAGCAAAACCGAUGGAUCGAGAAUACCUCAUCAACCACACCCUAGGGGGCCAGGUUUCCGAGGUCCAGGAAUAUAGGAGCUACGAAAUCAAACUCGGUAGCAAAUCCAAUCCGGAAUUCUCAGUCUCGGUAGAAUGCCUUGGCAUCCCCGUUAUCACGAGAACCAUUUUCCCCCCGGUGGAGAAAUUGGAAUACAAGCUAGACUACGCGGAUCAAGUAGAUAGCCCGAAACAUAAAAACAUAGACAUCCUCAUCGGCACGGAUCAAAUCGGCCGAAUUUGGCUAAAUGAAUCCAAGUCCGAGGGACUACUCAUCGCGUUGAAUACACGCCUCGGUUGGUUUGUCUUCGGUCGGAAAGAACCGCCGUGUAGAAUCACAACCACGCUGAGCGCGUUUCAGGAGCAGUCAUCGGAAAGCUCCGACAAACAGUUGAGCGAAUCAGCUCUGGCAGCUUCACAAGAUGUCAACUUGACGCGGGACAUCGAAUUUAUGUUCCAAUCGGAACUUCUCGGCAUUGAGCCGCCAAGUGACAACGAGGUCGCCCUUGAAAAUGAGAAGUACGGUGAGAUUUUCGAGAGAGGGAUCAGGAGGUUACCAUCAGGAAGAUAUUCACUCAAACUCCCAUUCAAUGAUAGAAUUCAUACGUUGGGCGACAACGAGAAGUUGUCUCGAAUCCGCCUCAGAAACCUGAUCUCGAAAAGCAACCCCGAGGUUCUCAGAGCGGCAGACAUAGAGAUGCAAGCUUACGUAGCUAAUGGUUAUGCCGAAGAGGCUCCUCCAAGAAGGAAGGGAGAAUUCGCACAUUACCUCCCGAUUCAGAUCGUUAAGAAAGCGGCUCCAGAGAACCCCCUGGGUUUCAAGGUUAGAUUGGUGAAGGACGCUGGAGCAAGAUCCGCAGAUUUGGCAUCGCUCAACGACGUAUUGAUAGCCGGGCCAAACUUACUACCGAACAUUCUCGGAGUGCUCGCGAGAUUCAGAAAUCCGCCUAUCGUGAUAAUUUCAGAUAUAGAAAAGGCCUUCCACCAAUUCGAGAUCGACAGAUCGCAUCGGACAUUUCUGAGAUUUUUUUGGAGACCCGGUAUAGCUGAUAACCCGAAUGCGCCCAUCAAGGAGUUCUGGUCGAGGCGACUCGAUUUCGGUUUGGUCUCCUCGCCCUGGCUUCACCAGGCAGGAGUGAAACACCACCUUGAGAUCAUGAGGAAGAAACGACCCGGCGAGGCUGAGCUCAUUGCCGAAAUUCUGGCGUCAGCCUAUAUGGAUGAUCUUCAGAUCGGCGGCAUGAAUCUGGUUGAGGCGCGGAAGAAAGCGAAGCGCUGCGAAGAGUU